AUGGCCGUCAAGAUCCCCAUCGUCAAGAAACGCACCAAGCCCUUUAAGCGCCACCAGUCCGAUCGGUACCACAGCGUCAAAGAAGCAUGGCGGAAGCCUAAGGGUAUUGACAACCGGGUGAGGCGUCGGUUCAAGGGUCAGCUUCCUAUGCCAAAGAUUGGUUACGGGAGCAACAAAAAGACUCGUCACCUCAUGCCUAACGGCUACAAGAAAUUCGUCGUUAACAACUUGAAGGAUGUUGACCUUCUUCUCAUGCACAACAAAAGCUUUGCCGCAGAAAUCGCCCACAACGUCAGCAGCCGUAAUCGGGCUUUGAUUCUGGAAAGAGCAAAGGCAUUGGGUGUCAAAGUGACGAACUCAGCUGCACGCCUACGGUCAGAGGAGUAG